GAAGGGUAUAAUUGAUGACGUCGAAGGCGGCCUUUCGUUGCGUGGCUCCCGGGGCUGAAGAUGGCGGAGUAUUUGGCGUCCAUUUUCGGGACAGAAAAGGACAAGGUCAACUGUUCAUUCUACUUCAAAAUUGGAGCUUGCCGCCAUGGAGAUAGAUGUUCCAGAUUGCAUAAUAAACCAACAUUCAGUCAGACCAUUGCCCUCUUGAACAUUUACCGUAACCCUCAAAACACUGCCCAGUCUGCUGAUGGUUUACGCUGUGCUGUUAGUGAUGUGGAGAUGCAAGAACAUUAUGAUGAGUUUUUUGAGGAGGUAUUCACAGAAAUGGAAGAGAAGUAUGGUGAAGUUGAAGAGAUGAAUGUUUGUGAUAAUCUUGGUGAUCACUUGGUUGGAAACGUAUAUGUGAAGUUUCGAAGGGAAGAAGAUGCUGAAAAGGCUGUAAUGGAUUUAAACAAUCGUUGGUUCAAUGGGCAACCGAUUCAUGCAGAACUGUCACCAGUGACAGAUUUCAGGGAAGCUUGCUGUCGCCAGUAUGAAAUGGGAGAAUGUACCAGAGGAGGCUUCUGUAAUUUUAUGCAUCUGAAGCCAAUUUCCAGAGAACUUCGUAGAGAACUUUAUGGACGCCGUAGAAAAAGGCAUCGAUCUCGUUCACGAUCACGUGAGCGGCGCUCAAGAUCAAGAGAUCGUGGUGGAAGAGGAGGAGGAGGAGGAGGAGGUGGCGGCGGUGGUGGUGGUGGUGGUGGUGGUGGAAGGGAUCGUGAAAGGCGGAGAUCCAGGGAUAGAGAACGAUCUGGCCGAUUCUAAAACCUGACUUUUUUUUUUUUUUU